UAUAAAGAUAUCUUCAUGUCCUGUCAAUAGUCAUCUCAGCAUCUCCAUCUCCAAACAGUACUUCGAACAAUCAGAAGAACAUCCGCUUCUCCUCUUUCUACACUACCAAAUAGAGAUCCCCGUUCGAUAUCAUGCAUUUCACCAACCUUCUUCUCCUGGCGUCCUCCGCGACUGCCAUCUCUCUCCCAAACUUUCCAGAUAUCUCGCAGUUGUUUGCACGCAGCUCAUCCAAUAGCUGUCCGGCUGUCUGGAAGUUGAUCUCAAAGGACCUCACCGCAAAGUUCCUGACCAACGGGGAAUGCAAUCCUGAUGCACGCGCGGCCAUCCGCGCUGUCUUCCACGACUGCGGAGCAUGGAACAAAACACUAGGCGCCUCAGGCGGUUGUGAUGGUAGCCUGAUAUUGGCCAACGAGGUGGAUCAGCCCGAGAACAACGGCCUUCGACCGAUCGCCGAAUACUUGAAGUCCGUCGCAGACAACUACAAAGUCAGCGUUGCAGACGUAAUUGUCUUCGCCGGCUCCCAUGCAAUUGUCACUUGCCCUGGCGGUCCUCGCGUGAAGACCUAUGUUGGUCGCACAGACUCUACUACGCGCGCCCCCACGGGUCUGCUCCCAGACGUCAGAGCCUCAGCAGACAGUCUCUUCAAGCUUUUCCAAGACAAGGGCUUUGAUGCAGUAGACCUUGCCGCACUUCUCGGCGCCCACAGCACCAGCAACCAAUUCCACUUCGACGAGACAGCGCCCAACGUUGGAGCACCGCAAGACAGCACUCCAGGCGUUUGGGAUGUUAAGUACUACUCUGAGACCACGGCGCCGCCCAAGGGUGUUCUUGUUCUCCCGUCAGAUGCCAAGUUGGCCGCACACGCGACUGUUGGCAAGGAGUUCAAGGGCUUUGUCGGCAAUGCAGGGAAGUGGAACGGCAAGUUUGCUGAUGCCAUGGCGCGCAUGGAGAGGUUUGGCUCGAAUGGGGUCGUUGGACUGAUCGACUGCACCGACUUCCUUCCCAGCGCGACAGCCGUGAAGAGGGAGAUGAAGGGCAUGCCGAUGUUUGCGCCCAGGCACUAGGGUGUUACUCUACUUUCUGCAGCAAUUUAGCGUUCAAUUAUAUAUAUCAUAGACCAAAAUACAUCAUCUUCAUUGAUUCAGAG